UGGUAAUCCAGUUGCCAUUGCAAGGCUUGUCAUUUACUCUGUGUCCAUUCCAAAAACAAAAGGAAAGAUGAAGAUCAAGGUGGAAACCCUUCUGCUGCCCCUUCUCUUCUUAUGUCAAGCACUAUUAAAUGCGUAUGCUCAAGAGCAGGAUGAGGUGUUGGAGCAGUGGAAAGGCAAAGCCUGCAAAUGUGAUUGUCAAGGGGAGCCCAACUCGAUCUGGUCGAGCAGAACCACAAUGAUGGAAUGCAUGCCAGAGUGCCCAUAUCACAGACCGCUGGGCUUUGAAUCUGGAGCUGUCACCCCAGACCAGAUCAGCUGCGCCAGUGAGGAGCAGUACACCGGGUGGUAUUCCUCCUGGACCUCCAACAAGGCGAGACUCAACGGACAGGGCUUCGGGUGCGCUUGGCUGUCCAAGUUCCAGGACAGUAACCAGUGGCUGCAGAUUGACCUGAAGGAGGUGAAGGUGAUAUCAGGCAUUAUCAGCCAGGGUCGCUGCGAUGCCGACGAGUGGAUAACCAAGUACAGCGUCCAGUACCGCACUGACGAGAACCUCAACUGGGUCUAUUACAAAGAUCAGACUGGAAACAACAGGGUGUUCUAUGGGAACUCUGACAGGACUUCUUCAGUACAGAACCUCCUUCGCCCCCCUAUCGUCUCCCGGUACAUCAGGUUGCUGCCGCUAGGCUGGCACACACGCAUCGCAGUGAGAAUGGAGCUGCUGGAGUGUAUGAACAAGUGCGUCUGAGCCUGAACCGCAGGCCUGGAGUACACCUGUGUGAGUUCACACAAAAACAAACAAAAGCAUCCUAAUGAUCUAAAAAAACAAGUUUUAUACUCGAACACUUCAAACAAGUCCAUGCUUACUUACUCUACAGGUCUAAAUAUGUUAUUUUCAAGACCAAAAAAAAUAAAAUAAAAAAUACAAUUACAGUUUUGUCUUAUGUUCAAAAUUUUUUAUUUGUCUUCCACUUUAGUAAGGGAAAGCUAGCAGGUAGAAGAUUAAAAGGCGAUCAUUAUGCAAACUAUAAUUGGUGUAAUUGGUUUGGUUUACUGUAUUGUGUACUGUGUAUGAAAUAGAAGGGCCUUCACGUAGCCACUGUUAUCCAGUGUGCGUUGAAGUGUUUUUUUCUGAUCAUCAGCAAGGCCAGAUCUUCAGGUUAUCUGAUGUAAAGAGUGAUCCUGUGUACUUAAAAAAAGUCACAAUGGUUAAAUAAACAUUGAACUACUCUUGUACUUGACUUGAACUUCAUUUCAUUCAUUGUAAACCAAAGUUUGCAUCUUUAAAGGGAACCAACAGAGUUGCUAUUAAGAUCCACCACUAUUAACGUUGUACUCUUAUUAGAUUCUGGAAAAUGCAAAUAAAAUAAAAAUGUCCGUUUUCACUGUA